AUGGCGGAAUUAUUUGAAUAUUUACCAGAAUUUAUCCCUGACUGGGCAAAUGAAGACCUUGAAGAAGACUUAGUUGAGGCAGUUGACGUUUUUGAGCAACAAGAAAAGAAAAAAACCCGGUUUGCUAAUGUCGAAACAAAUGACCUUUUGCUAAUUCUCGAGCAAUCUCAGUCGUCCGCUACGAAGAGAAACACGAAAUGGGUUGUAAAUGUGUUUGCAGACUGGUGUCGCGAAAGAAAUAUCACCAAAACACUACUUGAAAUGACAACUCCCGAGCUUGAUAGAAACUUGUCCAGGUUUUACGUUGAGGCAAGAACGAAAGACGGCAAAGAAUACAGUCGUUCAGCACUGCUCGGUUUUCGAAAUGCCAUUGAACGUUUCAUAAAUAACAACGGGAAAUCAAUAAAAAUAUCAAAAAAUUACGAGUUUCAACAAAGCAACAAACUUCUCGAUGCGAAACUAAAAAUUAAUCGUCGUGCAGGAAAAGAAAAUGUCAAACACAAGGCAAUAAUUGUCCAACCAGACAUGCAGAAAAUUAAAACAAGUACAUACCUAGCCAUGGACAAUCCAAAUGGUCUACUCCGAAGAACUUGGUUUUUUGUAACGCUUUACUGGUGCAGAAGAGGAUGUGAAGGACAAAGAACUCUUCGCUCCGACAGCUUUAAAUUUUGUCAAGACGAAAAUGGUCGUAAAUAUGCUGUGAUGACCCACGACGAAGCGACGAAAAAUCAUCCUGGAGGAGAAAAUAGCAAGCCCUCUCACGAAAAAGAAACCCGAAUGUACAGUACUGAAACUCCAGAUGAUGCGUUUGCCAGUUUAAAGUUAUACGUCUCAAAGCUAAAUCAUAAAUGCAAAGCAUUUUUUCAACAUCCCAGAGCAAAUUUCGCCUUCGAUGACGCCGUAUGGUACGAAAACAAACCCAUUGGUGUUAACAAACUUGGGGACAUGAUGAAAAGCACUUCCAUUGGAGCUGAACUAUCCCAAGUCUACACCAACCAUUCCGUUAGAGCAUCGGCGAUAACAUUGCUUUCCAACGCGAACGUGCCAGACCGCCAUAUCAUGUUUGUUUCGGGACAUAGCAACGAACAAAGCAUCGCUCAUUAUAGCUCACGACCUACCGUAUCGCAGCUAGAGAAUGUUUCCGACACAUUGUCAAACGCCCUUCAAAACCAGCCAUCGAUAAAUAAAGAUCGAUGGAUUACUAGCGCUAGCAAUUUGGCUAGUUUCAUCUCAUCCAAGUCCAACACAUCAACAGUAAACGUUGCCGCUUCAAAUAUGUCAAGCUUUCCAACAGGCUUCUUUAGUUCGUGCAAUAUUGGCACUGUUCAAGUGAUGUUCAACCAACAAGGACACCCAGAACAAAACAUUUGA